GAUUGACAUGACAUGCACGUGCAGUGGGUGAGUAAUUAAGUGACUGACGGGACAGUCAGGGGAGGAAAGUCAGUCAGUGUCAUGCACACCACAAAAACGGGCACUGUGGUCUGUCGAUGGAUACACGCAGCAGUAGUAGCCACACCACCUCCACACAUCACCACACCACACACCCUCACCUGAGUGGCAUUUGCUGACAUUGCCGCGCCCGCCUCCGAUGACCUCGGCAGACCGCUGUCACUGCAGUCAGCCGCAAACAUCAAAGUCAGCCGCGCCAAAUCAGCAAACGCUCACCAAGACCUUUCCAUCCACACACUUCCCAGCACCCCCACCCUCCCUCACCCCACAGCGCAACACGCAAUUUCAGUCAAGUCGGUCAGUCAGUGGACGAUUUCAUUGCAAUGCACUGCAGCCGUCCGUCGGUCAUCUACACCGUUUCAGCUGCGCCGACGGGAUCUGUACCAGCUUCCCGUCCGCCGUCUCCUCCCAAAACUCAUGCGCCUCGUCACCUGACACACACACACCACACACACACAGCACGCACAACAAACAAGCAAACAACGCUGUGUGUCCACCAGAUCUCCCCUUUCAAGUCCAUUCACCCACCAUCUCGGUCCUUGAAGACAGGCAACACCGAGUUGUCAUUCGUCAGCUUCGUGGCACGCGCGCCACGCCCCGACCCGCCGCCGCCGGAGGAGGACCAUCGGGAGCUGUCCUUGGAGCCCCGCCUCCCAUCGUCCAUCGGCCCCUCCGCCUCCCCGUUUGGCUGCACCUCCACCUCCUGGAUGACCGGGUCAUGCGGCUUCAGCACGCCGUUGCGGUUAACCGCCGCAUCCACCUGCCGUGACGCCUUCUUGGCUGUGCUGUGCUCUCUGGCGUCAUCGGCCGUGCGCUUCUUGCAGGCCUUGGCGCCCAUCAUAAAGGGACGGACGGAUGGCCGCACGGGAUGGGAUGAAGGGCUUCACAGAGAGCUGACGACGCGCAUCGGGCAGCGAAGCCAAGGGCAGCAGGCAGGCUGGCAGAUGGCUGAAAGCGGACAGAAGUUGCGGCAAGGGAGAUGAUGAACCACGAGCGUGCUGAAGGUGUUUCCUCGCGUUUCCUCUGCUUUUCUUCUGCGGUUGAAGUCCAGCUCCUCCUCUUCACACGUC